UGAAGACCUGACUAUAAGUGAUAAACAUAAGCAAAUGGGUAGACCUUUAGAAACAAAAACUCCAUUAAAAAAGAUAUACAUCGGAGCUCUCUUUCCAAUGAAUGGCACCGCCGGUUGGGUUGGAGGUCAGGGAUGUCUUCCGGCCGCACAAAUGGCUUUAGAAGAUGUUAACAAAGAUCUAACUCUUCUGAGUGGAUAUGAAUUAGAUCUUAAUUGGAAUAAUAGUCAGUGUGAUCCAGGUUUAGCGGCCACAAUAUUAUAUGAUCUUAUAUAUAGACCACCAAAAAAACCAAUAAUAUUAGGUGGGUGUUCAAUAGUGUGCUCAGGUAUUGCAGAAACAGCCAAAAUGUAUAAUCUAGUAGUCGUGGGCUAUGGAUCAUCAUCGCCAGCGCUGUCCAAUAGAUAUCGUUUUCCUACUUUUUUUCGUACACAUCCGUCGGCAACCAUUCACAACCCAACCCGUGUUAAGCUUUUUAAGAAGUUUCGGUGGUCUCGCAUAUCAAUCAUUUUGGAAGCGGAAGAAGUUUUUGUUACCACCGGCAAAGACUUAGAGACGCGAUGUAAAGAAGCAGACAUUGAAAUUCUUACGCGAGUAUCGUUUUUGGACGACCCGACUGAAGCAGUAAAGAGUCUGUCCCGACAGGGGGCUCGUAUUAUUAUUGGUAUGUUUUACGCUGAACCGGCCCGUAAAGUCAUGUGUGAAGCAUAUAAAGCGGGUCUUUUUGGUAAACAAUAUGUUUGGUUUUUGAUUGGUUGGUAUGACCCGAGUUGGUUUCAUCCAACACCUAAUAUAAAUUGCACAAUGAAUGAGAUGCGUAAAGUAGUUGAGGGACACUUCACUACCGAAGCACUUAUGAUUAAUCAGGGAUAUGAUAAAACAAUUGCUGGUAUAACAGCUCAAGAAUGGGUCGUUAGAUAUGAAAAUGAAUUAAAAAAAUAUAAACAAUAUUUUCCUUUUGGCUCAAAUAAGCCACAGGAAGGUUCACAAGAGGCACCCCUGGCUUAUGAUGCCAUUUGGGCCAUCGCUUUGGCUCUAAAUAAAACAAUUGCCAUUCUUUCUCAAAAAGGCUUAUCAUUAGAUUCAUUUGAUUACGAAUCGCCAACUGUUAUGAAUGUUAUUAAAAGUGAAUUACAAAAAGUCCAGUUUCCCGGUGUUUCAGGUUAUGUGGCUUUCAAUGAUAUCGGAGACCGAAUCUCGUGGACACUAAUUGAGCAAAUGGUUGACGGAGAGUAUAGAAAGUUAGGUUAUUAUGACACCGUUACAGACAAUUUAACGUGGAUUGACAAAGAGGUUUGGAUUGUUGGCGGCAGACCUCCUAAAGAUAGGACAGAAGUGGUUCAAUCUCUGCAAACCGUUAACAACGCUUUAUUCAUAUCUCUGAGUGUUGUCAGUGCUAUUGGUAUACUUAUGGCUGUUUCACUCAUUUGUUUUAAUUAUAGAUUUAGUAAUUGUCGUUACAUUCAAAUGUCAAACCCUGCGACCAAUAACCUGAUGCUUAUCGGAUGUAUCCUAUGUUUUAUAUCUGUUGUACUCUUUGGUUUGGGUGGACAAGACGUGGGAGGCUUACAUAAUGUGUUAAUUGUUUGUAAUGCCCGUGCAUUUUGUCUGUCAAUCGGAUUUUCUUUAUUUUUCGGUGCAAUGUUUGCAAAGAUAUGGUACUGUCAUCUCUUACACACUCAAAGCAAAAGAAAAGAAAUAAAUAUAUAUUUACAGAAAAUCAACAAUAAUCACAUAUAUAUAAUGAUAUUAGGCUUUUGCUCAAUUGAUUUGAUUAUACUAAGUGUUUGGUUUCUUAAAGAUCCAAUUAAAAUGGAUGUCAAGACUUUUCCAUUAAUGGAUCCGGACAUCAAUGUUGAUGAAGAUAUCAAAAUCCAGCCGUGUAUAGAGCACUGUGAGGCCAACUUUCUCUGGUACGGCAUUUUAUUUGGAUAUAAGGGUUUACUUCUCUUGUUUGGUCUCUUUUUGUCUUAUGAGACAAGAAGUGUUAAAUUAAAACAAUUGAAUGACUCCAGACUCGUAGGAAUGAGUAUUUAUAAUGUUGUUAUACUAUGCCUUAUAACUGGACCGGUAUCUCAAGUUAUUGAGGAUCAGGUGAACGCACACUUUGCGUUCAUAGCGUUAGCCAUAAUAUUUUGCUGUUUUUUGACAAUGGCUUUGGUUUUUGUACCUAAAAUUGUUGAAUUAGUUAGAAUAAGAAGUGGACCAAAUUCUGGUAUAAAUGGUAGCGGAAUUAAUGGUACGUUUCACGAAACAAUGACCAGUCGUGAAGAAGAGGAACGGUUCAAUCGAUUGUCACUUGAAAAUCAAGAACUAAAAGAAAAGAUUUCAGAAAAAGAGAAACAAAUUGAAGAAAUCAAGUCUAAGAUCGAAGUUAUGGCAAAACAACAGCAAGAGUUGCGAAAGUCUGAGGAAAGCAAACAAUUGUGUGUUAAACGAAAAGCCGUCAGAAUUCAAGAACCCGACGGACAGGACGGCGAUGUCAUCGAACAGUUGAGUAAUACAAAUGUAGAUCCAGUCAGUGAUUCCGGAUUUGUCUCCAACAGAAACAGCCGGCCAUCGGAUUUCGAGUUUAGUGAAUCUUAUUUAUAG